AUGUCUGCCGUGGGACUCCCGCGCGCGCCUUCUCCGGCGGUGCUUUCUUAUGACGUCACUUCCGGCGCGUUUCGCCGCUCAUCUCUGCAUGUACUGGCUGUGAAUGUGGGACUAAAUGCUCUAGUCAUCAUGCUGUUUGUUGACAUCACUGCAUUCAUCUAUCUUCACAAAGACACAUGGUGUGAGAGAGCACCUGCCUUUACAUCCACAAUAUUGACUUUGUCCCUGCCAAAACAAUCCCUCAUCUAUUGCCUUGCAAAUCCACAUUAUGGCAGCCUCAUUCAUGCAAAUGGUCAUGCUGAAGUGUGGACAGAUUGGAAUGAUAUAUCCAAGUUUUUUCAAUAUGGAUGGAGAUGCAACACUAAUGAGAAUGCUUAUUCAAUUCAGACCCUGAUGGGCAACUGGAACCAGGAUAGAUUUGACCUAAAGUAUAUCAUGCAACCCAAACCAUUGCCUUCCCAGUUUGGACACUACUUUGAAACAACAUAUGAUGAAAGCUACAACAGCAAAAUUCCACUUCCAACCCAUAGAUAUAGAAAACAAACUCACUGGUUUCCAGGACAUCAACCUGAGCUGGAGCCAAAUCAACACCAAUGCAGAGAGAAGUCAACUUAUCAAAAUAGCUCUAUAUAUCUUCAAGUUGGGCAUCCAUCUUCUUCACAUGUGUGUCAUCCAAAAAAAUGCCAAUCUGAAGAUCAAGGAACCUAA